AUGUCAUUCACAAACGUCUAUCAUGUGCGUCGGGUCGCGGAUACCUCUGCAAAAGCAUGCUUGGUUUGCUACAAACCAUCAGCCAGUGUGAUGAUCACGCCGGAUAACAAGGACUUCUUCUACGUGUGCCCCGCACAUUUGCAAGACAAGCAUUUCUGCUCUCCAAUCGUCCACACAGAGGGACAAGCAAAACGUCUCAGAGAAGAGGAAAUGGCCAAAGAGAUCGAAAAGGUCAAAAAGGAAUAUGAAGAAAAACAACGACGAAAGAAAGAGCGCGAGAAGGCGUCUAGCAAGGACAAUGAAGAGGAAAAAGACAAGGGCAAAGAUGAGCCCAAAAACAAAGAUAAAGAUGCAUCUCAGUCAAACACAAACGAUGAAAAAGAAAGAGAUGAUAAGGUUCGUGUCUUUCCACGGCCAAGGGAACCAAGCAAAAUACUUCGUAUGAACGUGUUAACUGAUUCUCCCUGCCAGAUCGCUUCUAUCCAGAAAGGCUCUGGGAAAGAGACAAAGCCAGAUGACUCACCUCGAAUUUUCUCUUUGCAUAAGAAUUUCUAUCAGAUGCGCAUCGACCGGCUGCGCAACAUUGAAAUGGCGAAACGCAACCAGGAAAGAUUAAGGCAGCCUUCACUGUUUCCCUCUGUGCCGUCGGGAAAUCCUUAG